AACGUUGUUUUUAUCCCAGGAGAUAAGAUUAUAUUUAUACGGUACAAACAGCGGUAUUGAUAAGUGAUAGCAUUAAAUAAAGCAAUAUAUCGCGAUAUAUUUAAUCAUCAGCUAUUUUAUUACUGUUCAGUGGUUCUUUCUAUUGUGUGUGAAAAUAUUUUUUUCUACAUUUAAAGCUAAUCUUUUCAAUGGAGGUACCAAUUUGUGAAAUAUGUAAACGGAACUUGUUGUAUCCACCUCAUCAACGUUCUAUUUGCCCUUAUCAUCCCCAUUUGUUUCCACCCUCUGCUCCCGCGGCUCCACCCCCGUACUACCCUCCGGCCGGUGGUAAUUAUUAUCCACCACCACCAGCGGGAACAUCCUACCCAGGGUACUAUCCGCCACCGCCACCAGAAGCGCCUUACUCAGCACAUUCCUGGGUAGAUUCAUCAAUAGGAAGAGGAAUACCAUCCACAGCUGUUAGAGCCGGAACAGACAUUGAUGGACACGCUAUCUACAUUGGGAAAGCAUAUCACGAAGGAGAUACGCUACCAGCCAAAAUAGUGCCCGGAAGAAACGCCUGUUAUAUAGCUUACAACGGUAAAGAACACCUGAAAACUUCGUACCAAGUUUUGUGCAACCUUCGCCCAGAAUGGACUUCCGAUUCGAAUGGAAGAGUGCCGUCCAAUGCUGUUGUAGGCGGAAGGACUAAACAAGGAGAAACAUUGUACAUUGGAAGGGUUUUUCACCAGGGCUCUUUAACGAUAGGCAAAAUUCAUCCGAGCCAUGGUACUUGUUACAUUUCUUUCGGAGGAGCAGAAAUUAGCUACAAAAAUUACGAGGUGUUAAUAUCUGAUAGAAGAGGCAAAUGUUUUUAAAAAAGCUUACACUUUAAAAUGAAUGCAGUAUACACUUGAUAUGUUAA